AAAAACUCUGGGUAGCUCUGAUGUCAACUACCUCUCAUCAAUGGCGGAUGUUCUCUGAACUCUGACACUUUCCCUGUAGCCUGUUAUCAGCUCAUGCGUAUUCUUAUCUUCUCAAAGGAGGACCUUGCCUUGACUACGCCACGGAUCUCGCUGAAUAGGAACCUGCAUUUUUCAUCGCGAGGUCCGGAAGAAGCUGAUUGGUCGUAGCUCGUGUUAGUUGGCGCUGUAGGGUUUCGGCCAUGUAUCGCAGGAGCAGAAAGGCAUCGAAGGAAGAUGAUAUUGCCAGGCUAACAAAGCAGUUGACAGAGCUUACAGACAGCAUGUUUGCUGAGGGUAUACUCGAUGACCAGUUCACCCAGCUUCAGCAAUUGCAAGACGAGAGCAACCCGGAGUUCGUCGGAGAAGUCAUUGGCCUAUUCUUUGAAGACUCCGUAAAGCUUCUUGACGACCUUACUCAAGAAGUAAACGAGGAUCCGAUUGACUUCAAGAAAGUGGAUGCACAUGUUCACCAGUUCAAGGGUAGCAGUUCGAGCAUUGGAGCACAACGGGUGAAGGCUUUAUGCAUCAAGAUGAGAGGGUACUGCGACGAGGGGAACCGCGCAAAGUGCUUGAGCUCGUUAGACAAGAUUAAAGAUGAGUUUAAUCUCGUGAAGGACAAGCUCGAGCUCAUGAUGUCGCUGGAGCGCAAGAUUUUGGCUAAAGGAGGGAAGUUGCCAUCAAUGGAGUAUUGAUCCUGGCGCUUUCGUCCUCAAGAUACCGUAGAAAUGUACAACCUUAGCUCACAGUCUACACAGCGUACCAUGGGAUUUCCCAUCCGCUAUUCCUGUCAAUAGGCCAUGAUGCAUGAACAGCUUGGGGAGUGAGAACCAUUAGGGCGCUUCACUCAAGCUGAAGGCUUGUCGUACGGGCUGCUUGCUCGUUCUUUGCCUGGGAUUCUUCACGUUUGCUGGUAGAAUGCAUGUACCCAGUUCCAUUUGCCAUGUGGGGCUGCUAGGGGAGGGGGUGAGUUUUAAGUGCAAAAGCUGUCAUCCAUUCAUGAAUAAAUAAGUUAGCAGUUG